AUGGGUAAACUGCACUCGAAACAUGCCGCUAUUUGUAAACCGAGGGAGAGUCCAGAAGGCGACAGUUUUGUAGUCAACGCCUGUUUGGCGAGGAAGGGGAUCGACGACUGGCUCGUGAAGCAGAAAUACUAUUGCACGAGCUCUCGCCUCGAGCAACGGGACUGUCACCACAAGAAUAGCUGCGGGCUGACCGCACGGGAUGCCAUGGAUGAAGCCUGUGCGGAGAGGAUUGGUGCUGAGCACUACCGUUUAGAAGUGGCUUUACCCCCGGAGAAGACAGACAGCUGCUGUGUGGAGGAGAAGAUGCAGGAGAGGGACAGCCAAUCCCCCGCAGGGCCACAGAAACAGCUCCAGUUUGAAGAGUUGGAGUGUGCUGUCUCUGUGGAGGAGGAUAACCGACAGGAGUGGACUUUCACCCUUUACGACUUUGACAACAAUGGCAAAGUCACCAGAGAGGACAUCACCAGCCUGCUCCACACCAUCUAUGAGGUCGUGGACGCCUCCGUCAACCAUUCUCCCAGCAGCAGCAAGACGUUGCGGGUCAAGCUGUCGGUGGCUCCGGACUCCAGCCAGCGGUGGAGGAGCUGUACGCAGGGUGCGGCAGACUUGUCCCACCCCAGAGAGAAAAACGACAAGUGCAUAGAAGACCCCAAGAGUGCGGACAAGAAGACUCGGGCACUCCUAAGGCGCCACCACAGUGACCACCACACCCAGCCGGGCUGCCAGCGCCACUGCGUGGACGAGAACCUGGAACGCAGGAACCACUACUUGGACCUGGCAGGCAUCGAAAACUACACAUCCCGCUUCGGAGCCGCGCCCACCACGGAGCCGGCGAAGGCGGAGCCUCAGACCCGCUCAUCCAACCAGACCCGCUCUCGCUCCCACGAACCGGAGAACGGCCACUCCCAUUCCCACCACCGCCGCUUACAGACUGUUGUGGACACCGUUGCCCCGGUGGACAGCCUCCACCCGGCCCGCACGCGAGGCCAAGACUCAGGGAAACAUGCCCUCCGUUCUCCCAAGACCCACAGCCGCACACCCCCCGCGCAGAUCAGUAGCAGGGUGAUGCGAAGCCGAGGCGCCCCUCCUCCCCCGGCGCUACCCAGCCAGACUCCCCCUCACCAGUCCUCAGCCCCUUACCGCAAGCACAAGCAGCGGUCCAAGGAGAGCCAGGGCUACAGGGCCUUGGGCUCUCUGGCUCCGGGACCAGUGGUGGAGAAGGAGCAGGUGAGGGACCUGCCCAGUGUGCUGCUGUACGAGGGGGGGCUGGCAAAAAUGGUGCAGAGGCAUGAGCAUCACCACCACCAUGAACACCAUCACCACUACCACCACUUUUACCAGUCCUGAAUUUCAGCCCUGCCGGGGACAGCUCAGCUCUUCCAACGUCCCACAAAAACCCGGCUGCAGUGAGCUUCCUCGUCGGCCGCCAGGCUGCCCUACAUUGUGCAGUCCUGCAGUGCUUUUAUAGUAGACACGGGACAUGGGCAGGAGAGGAGGAUCAUGGGAGAGGGUGUCCCGGUGCUGAGAGGUUAUUUAUCAGUGUUAUAAAGUGGUUGGUCGUACAAACAAAAGCUCGGGUAUGCAGCAGGACAGUGAUUUAGGGCCACAGUGGGACUGAGGAUCACAGCUGGGGCCGGAGAGGAGGCACAGAGGGACAAUUUGAUAAACAACCAUGAAGUUCCUCUCGCCCCCGACCCUGUAAUCCUCUACCUGGUGAACUCUGCAACUUCAAACCAGCACCAUAAUCCUUCAAGACCCAAAAUGUUGGACGAGAGGAAGAAAG